AUCACAUGGCAUAACUGCCACACUUCCUCAAAGUGUAAACAGUGAUGAUUUCAGAGGUGUGUGAAGUUCUCUAGGAGGUCAUGAGGAACUAAUAAUGUUUUAAAGUAUUUCUGUGACACGAUGUGUCGUUUAAAGCUGAAUACAAGGCAGCAUCGCCUCUUUGAGUGGAAAUCAACUGAAUGGAACAAGUGUUAAGGAUUGUAUGCUGAGGAGGAAUGGGUUUCUUUCCUCGCUGGUCCAAAUGGAGAAUAAAGGGAACGAUGAGGUGGAAAAACUGAAGACGAAGUUCUUGUCAGUGUGGCACAAUAUGAAGUACAGUUGGGCUCUUAAAUCAAAGACGUCGUUUAGUAGAAAUUCCCCAGUGCUGCUUCUGGGGAAAUGCUACCAUUUUAAAGCUGAAGAUGACGACAGUCUUGCUGAAGCCUGCUGUGAUGCCUCUGAUGAGAACUGCACCAUGGCGGAUGUGGAGGCUUUCCGUAGGGAUUUUGCAUCCCGUGUGUGGCUGACGUACAGAGAAGAAUUCCCUCCUCUUCCAGGCAGCACGCUGACCUCUGACUGUGGCUGGGGCUGCAUGCUGAGGGCCGGACAGAUGAUGCUGGCUCAGGCUCUUGUUCUGCACUUUCUGGGCAGGGACUGGACCUGGUCAGAGGCUCUGACACUGCAACCUUUAGAUGCAGAAACAUGGACCACCACUGCGGCCAAGCGUCUCGUUGCCUCUUUGGAGGCUUCCCUGCAGGGCUCCACCAGGACUUCCAAUAACAGUCCAUCUCUUCCACCUCAAGUCCAGGUACUGGGAUCUGCCGAGGAGGCAGAUGUACAUUUAAAGGAGAUGUACCACCGCUCUCUGGUCUCCUGGUUUGGGGACAGCUACACUGCUCCAUUGGGUCUGCAUAGGCUUGUUCGUUUAGGCCUGACAAUGGGAAAACAGGCAGGGGACUGGUAUGGACCAGCUGUUGUGGCACACAUCCUCAAGAAAGCUGUUGAGGAAGGGAUGGACCCUGGCUUGGCGGGUGUAACUGCCUAUGUCUCCCAGGACUGUACAGUCUACAGUGCUGAUGUCGUCGAUUGCCACAGGGCACCCAGUGCAGGGCAGGCCUCUGAGACAUCAGAUGCUCCUCAUCUAGCGGCGACCAACCAACCAGCAUCUGCACCCGUCUCGCCCGACAACCGAGCUGUUAUCAUUCUCAUCCCUGUGAGGCUGGGAGGGGAGAGGACAAACCCUGAGUAUUUUGACUUUGCAAAGAGCAUUCUCAGUCUGGAGUAUUGCAUAGGUAUCAUCGGAGGAAAGCCCAAACAGGCCUGCUACUUUGUGGGAUUUCAAGAUGACAGCUUGAUUUACAUGGACCCUCAUUACUGUCAGUCUUUUGUGGAUGUCAGCACCAGCGAUUUCCCUCUCCAGUCAUAUCAUUGCCCCUCACCAAAGAAGAUGCCUUUCAGCAAGAUGGACCCAAGCUGCACCAUUGGUUUCUAUUCCAGAAGCGUUCAAGACUAUGAGAGAAUCAGGGAAGAACUAUCAAAGGUGCUGCAGCCUUCACCAAAGGAGAAAUACCCGGCGUUCACUUUCAUGCAAGGUCACGGCAGAGAUUACGCCCUGGCAGCGGGCCUGACCCCCGAGAAGCGAGAAUGGCCCUUCAUCCGUGAUACACGAACAGUCACUACUGCUGGGGACUUUGUGCUGCUUUGACAGCCCUGUUGAAAAGUACUGUUACAUAUAUAUAUAUA